GCUUGACAGACUAACACUAUCGAGCAGUCGAGUGACAUUGGCGACCAGCAGACGGCGCAGUUUGGCGCGGGAGAUUCCGGUCUGGAAGUUGGAUACACGGCGGGUCGCGGACUGCUCACCACCACUACAGUCCAAUUGGAAUGUGACACACAUGCAUGCACACCCAUAAUGACUGCGCAGGGCGGCGGUGCUUCUGGACUUAAAUCAUAUACGCUGACAUUGAAGACGGUGUGCGCAUGUCCGGGGGCGUGUAACGAGGCCGGGCCGCUGAAGCCUUGUACAGGAGGAGGAGGGGGAGGAGGAGGGAUUAGUGGCGGAGUGGUGUUUCUCAUUAUAUUUGCUUGCCUGUUGCUCAUCUACAUCAUCGGCGGUGUUUCAUUCAUGAAAUUCGUGCGCCGCGCCGAGGGGAAGGAACUCUUGCCAAACUACGGAUUUUGGUCCAACCUGCCUGGAUACAUAAAGAGUGGAACGCUAUUCGUCAUUAGUCCAUGUAGGAAGAAAUCUGCGUCGUACAACUCCAUAUAACAGCAUACGGCGAGUGAACGCUUGACCGGCACAGGCUAAUCUGGGAAGACACUUUACGCACAUGCAAAACGCUACGUUUUCACAGAACGGUGCUCAUAUCAACAGAAGUUUCAUCAAGUGUCAUGUCAUCAAGAGUCGCGUAGAAACAUUCAAUGCGUUUUUCGUUAGUUUAAUGCCUGAUAUGUUUGUAUAUAUUGAACAUUUUUUGUUGAUUAUACAUUUAAAUUACCGGUAUAUAUUUUGUCAAAGAAUCGUUAUACUACUAUUGAAUUCUGCAAAGGGGUAUAUUUAAUAAUGCGAUGAAAACGAUGCUAACUGAUGAUAGCCGAUGAUAACCGAGGAUAACUGAAGGUUAAAGAUGA